CGCGCGCUGCAGUGCAUUCCCCACCUCGGCCCCGCCCGCCCCCGCCGAGCCGAGCACAGGGCGGCGACGGCGGCGGCGGCGGCGGCUGCUGCUGCUGGAGCAGCCCGGGAGGAGGAGGCGGCGAGGAUGGCAGCGGCGUCGUGGGCGCGGCGGAGAUGAAUGCCCGCGACCCCGGGCCCAGGGCGGCACAGCCGGAGUGGGCGGGGGUCCCGAUGCAGGCCCGAGGGGGGCCAUGGGGCAGGUCCUGCCGGUCUUCGCCCACUGCAAAGAAGCUCCGUCUACAGCCUCCUCAACUCCUGAUUCCACAGAAGGAGGGAACGACGACUCCGAUUUUCGGGAGCUGCACACAGCCCGGGAAUUCUCAGAGGAGGACGAGGAGGAGACCACGUCGCAGGACUGGGGCACCCCUCGGGAGCUGACCUUCUCCUACAUUGCCUUUGAUGGCGUAGUGGGCUCCGGGGGCCGCAGGGAUUCAACUGCCCGCCGCCCCCGCCCCCAGGGCCGCUCAGUCUCGGAACCACGAGACCAGCACCCUCAGCCCAGCCUGGGCGACAGCUUGGAGAGCAUCCCCAGCCUGAGCCAAUCCCCGGAGCCUGGACGCCGGGGUGAUCCUGACGCCGCCCCUCCAUCCGAGCGCCCUCUGGAAGACCUGAGACUUCGGUUGGACCAGCUGGGCUGGGUGGCCCGGGGAGUGGGAUCCGGGGAGGACUCUUCCACCAGCAGCUCCACCCCGCUGGAAGACGAAGAACCCGAAGAACCCAACAGAUUGGAGGCAGGAGAAGCUGGGGAAGAACUGGACCUACGACUCCAACUUGCUCAGCCCUCACCGCCCGAGGUCUUGACUCCCCAGCUCAGUCCGGGCUCUGGGACACCCCAGGCCGGUACUCCGUCCCCAUCCCAAUCGCGAGAUUCGAACUCUGGGCCCGAAGAGCCCUUGCUGGAAGAGGAAGAAAAGCAGUGGGGGCCACUGGAGCAAGAGCCAAUAAGGGGACAGUGCCUCGAUAGCACGGACCAAUUAGAAUUCACGGUGGAGCCACGCCUUCUAGUGGCUGACCUGCUGUACUGGAAGGACACGAGGACGUCAGGAGUGGUCUUCACAGGCCUGAUGGUCUCCCUCCUCUGCCUCCUGCACUUUAGCAUCGUGUCCGUGGCCGCGCACGUGGCUCUGUUGCUGCUCUGCGGCACCAUCUCUCUCAGGGUUUACCGCAAAGUGCUGCAGGCCGUGCACCGGGGGGAUGGAGCCAACCCUUUCCAGGCCUACCUGGAUGUGGACCUCACCCUGACUCGGGAGCAGACGGAACGUUUGUCCCAGCAGAUCGCCUCCCGCGUGGUCUCGGCGGCCACGCAGCUGCGGCAUUUCUUCCUGGUAGAAGACCUCGUGGAUUCCCUCAAGCUGGCCCUUCUCUUCUACAUCUUGACCUUCGUGGGUGCCAUCUUCAAUGGUUUGACUCUUCUCAUUCUGGGAGUGAUUGGUCUAUUCACCAUCCCCCUGCUGUACCGGCAGCAUCAGGCUCAGAUCGACCAGUAUGUGGGGUUGGUGACCAAUCAGUUGAGCCACAUCAAAGCUAAGAUCCGAGCUAAAAUCCCAGGGACCGGAGCCCUGGCCUCUGCAGCAGCCGCAGUCUCCGGAUCCAAAGCCAAAGCCGAAUGAGAACGGUGUCUCUGCCCGCAGGACGCCUGCCCCCACCCCCCGCAGCCCUCUGCCCCCCUCCAUCUCCUGUCCGUUCCCACCCACUCCCCUCCUCGGCCCGAGCCUUUUCCCGGUGGGUGUCAGGAUCACUCCCACUAGGGACUCCUCGCUAAUUACCUGAGCGACCAGGACUACAUUUCCCAAGAGGCUCUGCUCCAGGAGUCCAGGAAAAACGAGGCACCUUGGCCGCGGGGCCUGCUGGGACUUGUAGUUGCCUAGACAGGGCACCACCCUGCACUUCCGGACCCGCCGCUGGAGGCGCCGUGAGGCUUUGGUGUCUCCUGGACGCUACUAGCCCCAACGCCGGGGCUUUGCAUGGGGCCCAUGGGAGGCCUGAGCUUGGAUUUACACUGUAAUAAAGACUCCUGUGGAAAACC